AUGGCUCAAAAUUAUUUAAAUUGUGAUAUAUCUUUAAUCCCGAUAAUUACAUUAUCGGAUUCGGACACAAUAAAAUCACGAAAUGAAGGUGGAGAAUCGUCGUCGUCGUCGGCGUCGCCACCGCCACCACCACCGACACCGGCCUUAAAACAAAAUCAAUCAGACGAAAUUAUUACUAUAUCUGACUCGGAAGAGUCAAAUAUUGCACAAAACAAGAUAGGAAAAACGUCGUCGUUGUCGUCGUCGUCAUUUUUACCGUUGUCGAGAAAACGGCAAUUGUCGCGAUUUCCAUCCUCAUCGUCGUUACCGCCAUCGUCGUCUUUGUCAUCGUUGUUGUCGCCAUCGUUCGAGACGGUGACAUCGUCUAUGCUGGAGGAGAUACCAGCGACAACAGUAUCGUCAUCGUCGUCGUCGCCAUCGUUCGAGACGGUGACAUCGUCUAUGCUGAAGGAGAUACCAGCGACAACAGUAUCGUCAUCGUCGUUGUCGCCAUCGAUCGAGACAUUGUCCUUGUUGGAGAUACCAACGACAACGAUAUCGUCAUCGUCAUUGUCGUCGAGCUUAUCACCGAUAUUAAGUCGACGACAAUUACAACAAUUGGAACGACAACAGCUAGGGAGAAACGAAUUAGAGGAAGAGAUCGAGGAAGACUUCCAUCUUUACUUUGAAGGCCCGAAGGAGUACAAGGAUGCGUCGUCAACAGUGACAUCGAUUCCAUCUUGA